AUGUCGCAAGAACGUUCUGCUUUCCAAACCGAGGUUGCUCAAGUUGAGCUCUGGUGGAAGAACCCACGAUUCGCAAGAGUCAAGCGGCCCUAUACCGCUGCGCAGGUCGUAUCGAAGCGGGGAACGAUUCCUAUCCAGUACCCGUCCAACGUUCAGGGAAAGAAGUUGUGGGCUCUGCUCGCGCAGCAUGCUAAGAAGGGGACACCAUCGCAUACCUAUGGCGCCCUUGACACCGUUCAAGUGACCCAGAUGGCCAAGUACCUUGAGACCGUGUACGUGUCGGGAUGGCAAUGCUCCAGCACGGCAUCGUCUACGAACGAGCCUGGACCCGAUCUUGCUGACUACCCCUCCAACACUGUUCCCAACAAGGUUGAGCAGCUAUUCAUGGCUCAGCUUUUCCACGAUCGCAAGCAACGCGAAGCCCGAUCUGCCCUGAACGAUGAGCAACUCCGGGAAACUCCUUACGUCGAUUAUUUGCGCCCCAUCGUGGCUGAUGCCGAUACUGGCCAUGGUGGCUUGACUGCCAUCAUGAAGUUGGCUAAGAUGUUUGUUGAGAAGGGCGCGGCCGGUAUCCAUGUCGAGGAUCAGGCACCCGGCACUAAAAAGUGCGGCCACAUGGCUGGCAAGGUCCUCGUUCCCAUUCAGGAACACAUUAAUCGUCUGACUGCCAUCCGUUUGCAAUACGACAUCAUGGGUGUCGAGAACCUUGUCAUUGCCCGCACCGAUUCGGAGGCCGCUACCCUCAUCACUUCCAACAUUGACGAACGCGACCACGCUUUCAUCCUCGGCAGCACCAACCCUGAUAUCGGCCCUCUGGCCACUGUGAUGCUUGACGCUGAGCGACACGGCAAAUCUGGCGAUGAACUCCAAGCUAUCGAGGAUCAAUGGAUAGUCGCUGCCAGACUCCAGCGUUUCACUGACACUAUUGGACAUCAGCUCCGCGCUGAGGGCCAUGGCAUCAGGGAAAUCUCCCAAUUCCAGUCUCGUGCCGCUCAUGUCGCCCAUUACCAGGCCAUUGCGAUCGCGAAGGCUGAGUUCGGUCUGAAGACUGUUCCUUAUUGGGACUGGGACGCCCCCCGAACCCGUGAAGGCUACUACCGUUACCAGGGCGGCACCGAAUGUGCUAUUCACCGCGCCAUCGCAUUCGGCCCCUACGCCGACCUCUUGUGGAUGGAGACCAAGAAGCCCAUCCUUGCCCAGGCUAAGGAGUUCGCGGAUCAGGUUCACCACGCUCUUCCCGGUCACUGGCUCGCAUACAACCUGUCUCCUUCCUUCAACUGGGAUGCCGCUGGCAUGGGGGAAGCGGAGAUGGAGGCCUUCAUCUGGGAGCUCGGCAAACUUGGCUUCGUUUGGCAGUUCAUUACCCUUGGUGGAUUGCACUCGAACGCGUACAUCUCUGACUUCUUCGCGAAGAAUUACGCCAAGGCUGGCAUGAAGUCCUACGUUGAGCUCGUUCAACGAAAGGAGCGCGCUCUGGGCACUGAUGUCCUCACUCAUCAACGCUGGAGUGGUGCCGACUACGCUGACAACUUGAUCAAAACCGUUACUGGAGGUGUUUCUUCGACGUCUGCCAUGGGCAAGGGUGUCACGGAAUCCCAGUUCUCUGCGAAGCUCUAA